AUGUUCGCGAUGAGCUCAAAUAUUUCAACUGUUUGUUAUUAUUACAUUAAUUUUACGUAUAGUAAACAUCAAAUAUCUCUUGAAAAUGCUUUCAAAAGCACGACGCCUUCCGUUCUACAAGCCAGCUGUUUCAUACUUCGGCUGCGCACAAUGACGACUUCAAUUUGGAAACCGGAAGACUACGUACCGCAGGAAGUUAAGGAGCUGUUAAGUAGCCCAGAUCAAAAUCAUGUUUUGGCAUUUAUGCAUGUUGUAGAGUUGCUGAAAAUCCAAAAGCGAACAGGAUGGCUGGAUCAUAAUAUAACCCCCUGUGAGAGCAUUGCGGACCACAUGUACCGCAUGGGGAUCACAGCCAUGCUGAUCAAAGAUCCCUCUGUCAACAGAGACAAAUGCGUGCGUAUCGCCAUGGUCCACGACAUUGCUGAAUCACUGGUUGGCGAUAUAACCCCCAACGAUCCGUUGGGAAAGGAGGAAAAGCAUCUGAGAGAGCUUGCCGCCAUCAACUACCUGUGUGACGAGUUGAUCAAACCCUACAACCCUCUGGCCGCCCAAGAAAUUUUGGACGACUGGCUUGCAUACGAAAACAUAAGCUCACUAGAAGCCCGCUACGUCAAGGAUAUCGACAAGUUCGAAAUGCUGGUGCAGUGUUUCGAGUACGAAAAGAGGGUUGGUGGAAAGAGGGAAAUGGAUCAGUUCUGGGGCGCUAUCAAAAGCAUCAAAACCGAGGAGGUGCAAGGCUUGGCUCGCGAUCUUGUCCAGAAGCGCGAGGCUUUCUACGCCAAACUAGAGAACUAA